UGAAAUAUAGAGAUAAAAAAAAAGGAUGUACAAUUAGAGAUGGCAAACAGCCUGGCUGCCAUCCUGCCCCGUAUCGUAUUCGGGAUGAAGUGGUUAAGUACAUAAAAUAUAGGAUUACGAUUGAACUAUCUCCAACACGAACAUAGAGGAACAAGUGUGAACACCCUUCCAUCGCAUCUUACGUGAAACUCGACCGACGUCCGGUUUCGUCGUGUUCAACGUUCAAAUAGUAGCAGAAGAAUGUUUCACUGCAGCCGAGAUCCUGCUAAAGCAUCUAACUGUAGCAAAAGUAGCAGCACAUCGGCAAAAUCUCAUGGACCUUAUCACCAACCGUAUUCCUUGUUGGACAUUACCGCACGGAUCGUCGCUCAAAAUGAGCCAUUCCAGAAGAUUGAGGAACGUUAUGACCGUAUACCAGAACCCGUACAAAGGCGAAUUGUAUUUUGGUCCUUUCCACGCAAUGAAAAGGACAUUUGCAUGUACAGUUCCUUGUCCAGGGUCUCGUCGAUUAAUUCGGUAGAAUCGCAAAGUCUCAGUUUCUGCACCGGAUUAAAGCUGGUAGAGACUGGCUGCGUGGAGAACGUCCUUCAGGUUGGCUUUCAUUUAAGUGGACUCGUGUGGUCCCAUCCACCCAACCAAAACGAACGCCAUAGUAGCGGAAGCCAUGCUGGUUCAUCUUCCGGCGGAAGCCGCAAUAAUGAACUUGGUUACCCACUGCCACCAGCCAACCAACACCUGUACAACAACUACCACCAUCAUAACCAUCAUCAGCAGCCUCAUCACCAUCAUGCACAUCAACACCAUCAUGCGCAUCAUCACCAUCAUCAUCAGCAGCAGCAACAGCAGCAACAGCAUCAUCCGCAUCAAAAUCAUCAUGUGCCACCUCCACCACUGUCACCGCCACCUCCGGCUGCAGCCAUGGUGCAUCAAGUGCAAGGUGGAGGAGCAGGAGGCGGAGCGGGUGGACCUGGAGGAGCGGUCGGUGCUCAGGUGGCGGCGGUGGUAGUAGCUGCUGCAGCAGCUGCUGCUGCAGCUGUUGCUCAACCGCCUGGACCAGCACAACACAUGGUAGUUGUAGGGCAACAACCGAUAGGAAUCGGUGCGCCGCAGAUUCCUCCAAAUGGUCAGCAACCCUAUAAUGGUCCAAAUUUGGAGCACAGAGAUGCGUUUAACAACAUGUCCAUUGGUGCACAAUCGGGGCAGGCUGGUGGUGGAGGGUUGGAAGAAAACAAAAAAUUUAAAGUAUCUGUCAGCUUCGAUCGAUGUAAGAUAACAUCGGUGACGUGCAGCUGCGAUACGAAGGACAUAUUCUGGUGUCACCAUGUAGUUGCGCUAGCCCUGUAUCGGAUACGGAAUGCCGAUUCCGUAAAACUUCGAGUUCCUAUCUCCGAGACGUUACUGCAAAUGAACCGGCAGCAGUUGCAAAAGUUUAUUCAAUACCUGAUUGCUGAGCAUCACACUGAAGUGUUGCCAACGGCACAGCGGCUUGCCGAUGAGAUACUGCAACAGCGCUCGGAAAUUAAUUCCAUCUGCGGUGCUCCAGAUCCAACCGCGGGAGCCUCCAAGGAUGACGAUCAUUCGUGGCACCUGGAUGAAACACAAGUGUGUGAGGCAGUGAAAACGUACCUCGGCCAAGGCAGUUUUUACUAUAGCAGUAAGCAUUUGAAUUCUCUGUUUGGCAAAGUACGCGAAAUGUUGCGCGCCCAAGAUUCGAACGGCGCCCGCAUGCUGACACUCAUCACAGAGCAGUUUUUAAAUGACCCGCGUCUGGUGUUGUGGAAAAACCAUGGAACGCCAAUGACGGAAAAGUGUCGUCAGCUGUGGGACCAGCUUGGUGCCUUGUGGGUAUGCAUAGUGCUGAACCCGAAGUCGACAAAUGCAGAACGGAUGCACUGGAAAUCGUUGCUCGAAAAGUGGUCAAAAAGUGACGUUUGUCCGCAGGAAGAUCCGGACCUACGCACGUCGCCAUCUUCGUCCAGCCGAGAGAGCGUUCGCGAUCGUUCAAACCGUGAACGAGAACGGGAUCGCAACAGGUUCUUUCGUGAAAACAAUCUUCGCAAUAUGAUGUACUACAACCAUCAUCAACAGCAGCAACAACAGCAGCAGCACCAACAACAACACAAUAAUCAACCAAAUGGUGGUGGUGUUGGUCACGACAAUUUGAAUCGUAAUCAUUAUAACCACCGCUACGGUGCCAUGAAGCAUGAUCGCAACGCAGAUAAUGGCAAUCGGGGCGGUCACCAUAAUGACCAAUACGAUAGCUCAGAAACAGAUUCGGAUUCUGACGAAGAGAUGGACGAAGGAAACGAGGAUGAAGCAACAGGAAAUAAUGAAGGGCAGGAUGAAGAGGAGGACGGCAAUGAGAAUGGUGGGGCGAUUAAUGAUCACGAUGAUGAGGAAGAUCAUCAUCACCAUGAAGAUGAUGAAGCUGAAGGACAUGGACAAGAGGAUGUUAAUGGCAUGGAGGAGGAUGUGGUCGAACAGGCUCACAAUAUAUUGCAAGAUAUAAAUUUCUCCGGCGCCGCCGAAGCUGGUUCCAGUCGCAAGCAUCUUGACGAAGAUGGAGAAGUGCGUGACUUUAUGAACCUUAAUCUGCUGAACGUUCCCGAAGAAGAACACCAGUUACCGGAAAUGAUGCAGGAAAAUGAUGACAGCUCGCGAGAAUCGAUGGAUGUGGACGGAACAAGUAGUUUGGUCGGAGCGUCAUCUAGUCGUGCCCUGAGUAGGGUUGGGACUUCUGGAAACAGUGCUGGAGCGGGUAGCUCAAAAUCUGGUGCUGGCACGGUGGGAUUCUUCCAAAGCCCGUGCAUCUGUGGCGUAGAUAAAUGUGAAUGCAAUCGGCCAGUUUUUCUAGAAGAUAUAAAACCGAAGAAAUUUUUUGAUUGUGUCGCUGCAGCGGCCGCAGGUGCCGCUAGUGGAACAGUGACAACUCCCACUGGUGCCCCCAACUUUGAUGUCAAUGAAGAUGCCAAUCAGGAGUGUAUUGGAUUGUCCAAGGAGGAGGAAGAAAUGGCAGCGGUAGCAAGUACAUCUACUACGACUGGUAGGCUGAAGCUUGGGUCUAGCGAUGACCCUAUCGAAACGAUUGCAGGAAGCUCGUUCUCAUCUUCCUCGUCGUCGUCUUCUUCGUCAUCAUCAUCGGCGUCUUCUAGCUCAUCAAUUUUAGCACCAGCUGGCGAUCAUCGAAAGGAUAACGAGAUGGAUUUUGAAAAACCCGGUCCUUCUGGGUUAAAUCGUGGUCAAAACCAUUCUUCGGAGUUGGCCAGCACUUCAACGGUAAUGAAUCCUACCACAGCUGUAGACCCGGCUUCUCGUCUGGGUGGAGAUGAUUGUGAUGAGUGCGAAAACCAGGAAAAGGAUAAACCAAUGUGUCGUAAAGCAAUGAAUGACGACGAAGUAGCUGGUCCAAGUGGAAUUUCUUCUAGCAAUUUACCGAAACAAUCGAAACAAGUAUCAAAAGAGCCCUCGGAGGAUGCGGAUCUGGAUGCAGAAGCCGGCCCGAGUACAAGACGCAUCAGUACGGAAGACGGUUCUGCGUUAGCUAGCGGAUCUGGAUUGAAUGUACCCCAGGCAACACCGGGAGUCCGCGUCAAAAAUGUUAACGUUAUUGACGGCAACGCUGCUGGUAGCGGAAGACCCUGCAAGCGCCUUAAACUGAAUAAUGGAUCUUGGGUGAGCAAAAAUGGAAACAAAACACCCCGUACAAUCUUUCAUAAAGCGCUCGAUGCCGUCAACAUGUCAUGGGAGAAUGAGCAUUUGAAGCGGAUUCUUGAGUCGGACAGCUAUAAACUAUCCAGUCGAAAUUCGGUGCAAAUAGCUGGUUCUAGUAAAGCGCCCGUAGCAAACCAUCCUAGUGCAAAAUCAAAUUUCAACUCAAACGGUCAGCCGUUGUGGCAUGAAAAGAUUUCAAUGACUGCGGCGCGCAUAGAUUCGUUGCGUUCGCAUGGCCACAUGGAAGCGGCUCUCCGAUUGUCGGUGAGUGUUGUCCGAACGAUGCGUGAAAUACAGCGAGAAGCACAAGCGCUCUGGCUUCGGCAUAAACCAAAGAUGCCUCCACCACAAACAUCCUUUCCGGAACAACCGGUGGCUGGCUCGUCCAGUAAUAUUUCUGCCGGUAGCUCGGUUGCUGGACAGCGUUGCAACUGUGGUCCCGCAAAACCCCUACCGCUGGAUUCCUCGAGCAGAAAGGAAGCAAGUAGCGGUAAACACGUGCAUAAUGCUUUACUACCACCGCCACCUCCAACGUUGUCAUCGUCGGUUUGUGGAAUUCAGCAGCAACAAAUUUUCCAACAGCAGCAGCACCAUCAUCAUCAACAACAUCAACAGCAAUUGUUGCAAACACACCAAGGGCAAGCAUCGGUCUCAUCCGGAAUUAAACCUGGGUGUCAAUGUCAAUCUCAUCGUCAUCAAGCACAAGCAUCAAUGCUCUUUCCACCGCCGCCACCACCACCUCCACCGUCAAUGAUAGCGGAUCUUCAUGCGGCCAGUGCACCGCCAGUGCCAGCAAUAAAAAAAGAUUGCUCGAAGUGUAUACAGAUUAAAUGUUACUACGAAUCUGUCGGCUCAAGUUCAACAUCAUCCCUUAAACACGGGGGUCCUGUAGCAGGACCUUCUCAUGGUGGUAGUGUUAACAAUGGUCACCAACAUCAGCAUCAACCUUCGUCUGCGUCAGCACUGGUUCCUUCAACAUCUGCUGCAGCACAUCAGCAGCGUGUUCACCGCAGUUCGGCUGCAGUGAUGUGUAGCUCUUCUAAAUGUAACCAAUUUAUGGCUGGACCUAGUGGUUCCGGAAUGAUCCAACCGCAGCUGGCUCCCCAUGACAUGUAUCGUAAAAUGUCCCACUGUUCCGCUGGUGGAUCACAACUAGCUCCAGGAAAUCAGCAGCAACAGCCUCACUGCAGCCGCGACUUUCGUUACAUGAAAUUUCCAAACGUUCAACCGGGCCAGCAGCAUCACCAUCACCACCAUCAUCAUCAUCACCAUCACCAUCAUCAGCAACAACAUUCAAAUCAGCAUCAACACCCCGGUGCCGGUCCGGGUAUGAUAGUUCCGGUUGGAAUUCGUCAUCCACAUCCACCGUGUCCAGUGCCAGCACCAUCGACCUCUCGUUCUCAUGGAACAACAAUGUGCGAUCCUGCGAUGUCUACGGCUGCCACACAGGCGAUCGUUACAGCCACCACUAUGUCAUCGCAUAUGCCUUCCGGAAGUUCGUCCGCUGGUGCACCAUCAGCAGUUAACUCCACGGCGGCAUCUUUAGUAUCAAAGUCUUCCUCAUCCUCUUCCGCAGCUGGUUCUUCGACAAUGUUCCAAGCAAAGUGCAAUUGUCCCAUUCACAAGGAAGACAACUUGCCUUCUUCUUCUCAAGGCUCAGCUGUGUCUGCACCUGCUCCAGUACCUCCGCCACCGCCUCCGCCGCCAUCACAACAGUCAUCUUGCAAUACGAUUGACGUUGGUGCGGGUUCAUCAUCCAGCAUCAACAGUACAACGGUAUCAUGCUGUGUGAAGCCCAUUUGCUGUUCAUUAGCGAUGCCUCCUCCUCCUCCUCAUGCACAACACAAACCGCCUCAUGGUCCUUUGCAUCCAUCUUAUGCGCCAUCGACGGGAAUGCCAUGUGGCGGUUGUGCUAUGCAUACCGGCGGUCUGCAACCAGCCUUGUAUAAUAGCAACGGAUUGUACAGCGUGCCAGGACCGUCAUCCUCAUCGUCUAUGUUGUCAGGACAUGCCUCAAUGCCCUCAACAUCGAAAUCCCUGGAACGAUCUAUAAUAGGCGUACUCAAUAGUAAUGAUUGCGACAUGAUGUCCCUCCAGCAGCAACAGCAGCAUAAAGAUGAUUGUCCGUUGGCGUUGGGAAAAACCAAAAACCACUCUGCCAAUAAUGGAAACUCCGCAGGAAGCAGUACUAGUUGCAAUAACAAUCACAACAGUACUGGUAGCAACGUUAGCGGUCCUGCUCAAAUGGGCUCCAAUCGAUCAUCUUCGAGUGCAGCAAUGUCGACUAAUUUAUUGGACCCUAUAAAAGUGAACCGCAAACCAAACUGCCUUUCAAAAUGCAUCGAUUGCAGUGUGGGAUGUGACGUGGAAUUUCCACUAGAUGCAAUAGCUUGCAUUUUCGAUUGCCUUACGGAGGCGUCCCUAAUGCCAGAAGCUAUUGCGGUGCAAAUGAACGAAAUGAGUCGCAUGGCAUAUGACGCUGGCAACAAUAGUGUUGCUAACGUACCCGGUGCCGGUGGUAGUACCGCUCCGGAGGAUGUGAAUAUAAUAGCCCCGAAAUAUCGCCAUCUACCAAUUGCGGAUUCGUCGGAUAGGUACGAAACUUACUUAACACUUGCGUUUGAGGCGGCAAUUUUGGCUCUGAGCAAACAACGUAUAAUGCCUCAUGGACUGUAUGCACAGCAUGUCAUCUGUAAGCAGCAGGAUCAAUUGAUACAACGUCUACGUGGUAUUGAUCUCGAUUCCGUGCUAGUCGGUGUGCUACAGAAGCUUAGUGUACAGCUGCUCGAUGGCGGUCCAACGAGUGGUCUUGGGGAGAUGAUACAUCCGGAAUCGGUGCCAAUGCACACAUUGGCUCGUUUUCUUUUUGCCUCACUGUUGAACCAACACUCCGACUUGGCCUUUGAGAUUGGUCUGCGUGCGAUGCGUUUCCCUAUACUGGAAAACAUCAACGAGGGAGGCUCAGUCAAUGGUAUUGAGUUGCAGCAUAACAACUUUAUGCACUCGCCUUACCCACGCUGGUGGACACUUGGCCAUUUAGAGACUCAACAAUGUUCGCUUAGCUCGACGAUGCUAAGUGCCGCCAAAGGGGACACAAAGCGGCUAUCGGCGGUGCUACAAAAUGCCCGCCGAAACAUACACAGCUCGUCGCAUCUAUUCAAGCUGGCUCAAGAUGCGUUCCGCUUUGCUACGCCGGAAAACGGACCGCGCAGUCAAACACUGUUGGGCGUGGCAUUUGAGUUAGGGUUGCAGGUUAUGCGUAUGACACUUACAUGCCUGAAUUGGCGCCGUCGUGAAAUGGUUCGAUGGCUAGUGACCUGCGCGUCUCAUGUCGGUAUGGAUGCCCUUAUGUCCAUCAUGCAAAAUUGGUAUCAUUUGUUUACUCCCACGGAGGCAACUGGGCCAGUUGCAACGACCAUCAUGUCACACUCAACGAUUAUGAGACUGAAUCUGAACUUCCGGCAGCAGGAUGAGCUAUCAAACUGUGCUCGAACGUUGGCAUUGCAGUGUGCCACAAAAGACCCGCCAAACUGUGCCCUGAAUGCGCUAACAUUAUGCGAGAACGACGCCAUGGCCUUUGAAACAGCAUAUCAUAUAGUAAUAGAUGCUGCGACUCACAUCAUGACCUCUAGUCAACUCUUUACUAUCGCUCGGUAUAUGGAACACCGCGGAUAUCCGGCACGGGCCUACAAUUUAGCCAUGCUAGCUAUGAAAAAUGUGCAACUGGCUUACAAUCAAGAUACGCAUCCGGCUAUCAAUGAUAUACAUUGGGCAUGCGCGCUAUCGCAUUCACUUGGCAAGGCGGAACUAUCAAAGAUGAUACCACUUGUGAUAAAGAACGUGCAAUGUGCUACCGUGUUAUCGGAUAUACUGCGACGCUGCAGCGUUCCCACACCUGGGUUACACAAUUUCGGUGCACAUGGUGGUAGAGGAAAUAAUUUGAGACAAUGCAUCAAGUUGAGCUACGAUCGUGAGCCGUUAAAUCAAUUGCUGGAAGCUGCCGUUUCGGCUUACGUAAAUACUACUCAUUCAAGAUUGUCCCACAUUUCACCGCGCCACUACAGUGAUUUCAUCGAUUUCCUCAGCAAGGCCCGGGACACAUUUAUGCUGGCACGCGAUGGGCCGGCGCAUUUUUCACGGUUGAUCGAGAACAUUACUAUAGCAUAUAAAGGCAAGAAAAAGUUGGUUCGUCAGGUUAGACAACGUUUUCAAUUCGUAUAA